AUGGCUCCAGGCAUGGUGAGAGUUUGCAAUGUUUCAUGUGUUAUUCCCAAGAAUCCAGGCCCCAAUCGUACUAUGUAUUUAUGUGAUAUGGAUCAAAAGGUUGGAUACUAUGUGAGAACUCUAUUCUUUUAUGCGCCAGAAACUAAGACUUUGGAUGUGGAUCGUCUCAAAUCGUCCCUGGCUGAGGUGUUGGAUUCACAUGAUUUCUGGGGUGGAAGGCUGAGAUUCAAUGAAAAUGGGCGUAUGGAGAUCGACUGUAGCAAUCAAGGAACUUUCUUCACAUUUGCUACUUCUGGUCUUGGCAUGGACCAAGUGACAGCUGAUGACUUGGAUGAUUUUUUCUCUUUCGACGAUGACAAGAUUAAAACCUUGGAAGAUCUUCCAUUGUUGAGGAUCCAGGUGACUCACAUGCUUGGAGACAAUGGUUACGCAAUUUCGAUAUUGUUCCACCAUGCUUUGGUUGAUGCAACAUCUGCUAUCAAUUUCCUGCUCAACCUUGCAUCCAUCAACCGGGGAGAUGGUCUCUAUAUGCUACCAAAUGGCGACCGGACUCGACUUAAAUUCCGGGAUCCACCACAAGUAAAUUUUGAGCACGAAGAGUUUUCUAUACAAACACCUCACAAUGGUGGGGUCGGUGUCUUUACUUUCACCAAGGAGUCGGUGAUUAGCUCGGAGUUGAGGCAAAAAAUGGCUCCAAAGAACGAGAGGAAGACCUUCCUCUUCAGGUUUGACAAGCUCCGCGAGCUCAAGAAAGCUGUUCUAGACGAAGGACCUUUGAGUGAAUGCUCCACUUUCGAGGCUCUGGCAGCUUUGAUCUGGCGAGCCCACGCUCGAUCCAUCCCAGGCAAAUCGAACAACGAUGUUCUUCACCUUGGAUUUGUAGUGGAUACAAGAAACAUCCUGGAUCCGCCAUUGGGUGAAAACUUCUGUGGCAAUGCGUUCUAUCCAGCAUAUACCGAGCUGACACUUAUGGAUAUAUGCAAGCUUCCACUCUCUUCCGUCGUUGCUCAAGUGCAAGAGGCAAAAACACGAGUGACGAAUGAAUACGUUCGAUCUGGACGAGAUUUUCUCCAUCUCAAUCCCAACUGUUGGUACCGACGGUGUGAGACGGUGAUCAAUGCUUGGCCCCGGCUGAUGCAGAAGUCCCUGGAGCUCGACUUUGGUUGGGGUAAGCCAUCACGAGUGGAAUUUCCACUGGAUCCACGAUCCUCGGUUAUCGCGUUCCUCCCGUUUAGCUGGGAUGGGAUUUUAGUCUCGGUCUCUGCUAAUGGCAUUGCACUUGGCAUCUUUGAAGAUGCUAUAGCACAAUUCUACAAGUAA